UCUCGUAUAGAUAGUAUGAUGCAGAUUGGAUUAGGAAUAAGGAGUUUUUUCCUUGACGAGGACAAAGGUUAAUAUUGAAGCUGAAACAAGUUGAAGUAACGGGCUACUUAUGUGAAAAAUUUGCUGACCGCGCACUAGACAUUGAUAACAUUGUUCUUGAGAUUAGCUAAAAUGCGAGGCCCUUCGUCGAAAACAAGCGAAAGAUGCCCGAGUCUGUGAUGAUAGACAGUGAUAGAAUUAUGCCGCAUUGCAAUACCUACGACUAGCUCCCGCGGCAUCAAAGCCGUUUGAUUUUUUCUCUCUUUUGAUGGGAUCGGAUUAAAGAGACAUAUGAAUUACUCUUCUCAUGUGGAUUCGCGAUCGUUUGCAGCAUGUAUGUAGCGGGAAAUAGUGCACUUUAUCAUAUGGAAUAUGUACAAUAAUUUGUUGACAGAGACAGGUCCGUCAUCUGGAUCGUUACAGUAUCGAACUAAUACACCUGCUGCAGUUUGUGUUAUCAAAUUUUAUCUCAUUUUCCCAUGACGGCAAGACCACAGCGCAGGGCUAGUACGUCAGAAGUAGCAUAUGAAUCUUAUCCCCAAAGAACAUCACAGAUUUGUGAAAAACCGCACGGUGUGAUAGUAUAUGCAGGCAGGAGUUUUUAUUUCCGCCAUAGGUGGUUUUUCAGAGUAUUGCACUGCUACUGAGUCGUGUCGUCCCAAUAGUCAUAUUUCUAUCUGUGUAUGAAAUCGAAAUAGUUUCUGGUUGCCGCCAUGCUUUCUAAAGACUAGUGAGUGACCUUUUACAUUUUGCUAAAUUCUGGCUGACGCUAGCGAGGGGCGAAUCGGAAUCUAUCAUGCGAUAGACCUGGUUCAUAUUGAAGCCUUGUUGACAAUUUUGACUUUAUGCGCAGAGAGAAUCCCAACACUAGAUCAUUCCAUGCACGACACUCGAUGAAGCGUACAUCCAUAUCUAUGAAAAAGGUCGGAGAUGUUACGGCUUCUUGCCAGCACUUUUGAAGCGGUAGUAGAGUACUGAGUUGCGAUAUUGCUCUUGCCACAGCAGAACUACCAGGCUGCAGCCAUGUAUGAUGGAUGAACCUAGCACCCUUCUGCCUUUCCCAAGCGGACUACGAAAAUGGAUGUAGCAGACCCGCCACUUUUCGAUGCGAUACUGCGUCGGACCUAAUGGCCGGCGACGUAAACGACACACAGAGCCCUUUUCUUGCUUCUUCCCAUUGAAUGAUGCUUUUUUGCUUUCCGGCACGGAUAAUUCCAACCAACACGCCGUUACUUUUG